AUGGUGGCAUUCAUUUAUGCAUCCGAAGAUAACAAUUUCGAAUUGAAAUUAUUAAAUGUAAUAUUUAGACAUGGAGAUCGAACGCUUGACGACACUUUAGGUGAACAAUAUCCAAAUGAUCCUUAUUUAAAUUAUAGUUUCUAUCCGAUGGGUAAAGGACAGUUAACAAACAAUGGUAAGCUACGAGUAUUUAAAUUAGGUGAAUUUCUUCGAAAAAGAUACGACAAUUAUUUGGAUACUGUGUAUAUUCCAAAAAUGAUCGAAGCUUAUAGUUCUGAUUUGGAUAGAACAAAAGCAUCUUUACAACUCGUCCUAGCAGGACUUUUCCCAGCUAAAGGUAUUCAAAUAUGGAAUCCUAAAUUAUUGUGGCAACCAAUUCCUACGAAAUAUAAUUCAAGAGUCAAUGAUAAUCUUUUUCUCGCAGACGAGUGUCCUCGAUAUUUGGACGAAUACAACAAAGUGUUGGAAUCUUCUGAAUUUAAAAAAGAAAGUGAACGGUACAAAGACUUGGCCAUUGAACUCACUAAAUAUACUGGACACAAUAUUAGUACUCCUUUGCAUUUUACCCAUCUCUAUGAAACAUUAAUGAUACAGUAUUAUACAGGCCUUUCUUUACCUGCUUGGACGAAACCAUUCUUUCCAAACGGUAGACUUUAUGAUGCUGCUCUUUUUGGUAUAAAAAUAGGAAAUUAUAAUAAAUCAUUAAGAAAAUUAUACGGAGGAGCCAUGCUUAAAGAAUUUAUAAAGAACAUGAUUGGAUAUGUAAAUGGUACUUUAGAAAAAGAAACAAAAUUGUUUUUAUAUAGUGGUCACGAAAUAAAUAUUAUUAGUUUAUUGUUUAAUUCGAAUCUAUAUGAACAACAUUAUCCUGAAUUUUCCAGUAGCAUUUUUAUGGAACUUUUGUACAAAGAAGAGAUAUAUUAUGUCAGAAUAUUAUAUUACCUGGGAAUCCCACCGGAACUUAAAGUACUUCGGCUUCCAGGUUGCGAGGAUACAUGUCCGUUAGAUAAAUUUUUUCAAUUGACUAUUGACGAUAUACCUUCAGACGAAGAUAUGAUUUGUGAUAAAACAAAAACUCCAAGAUAUGCUGAUCAAAAGUAUGAUCUUGAUAGAAGUCAGUAUCAAAAUUGGAAAGAUCAAUCUGAUAUUCUAUUGUACACUGAUAUUUAA